GUUAUGUGUUCUAAGUGCGUGCGCCAUUUCUGAUUCUAACAACACAAUUGCACGCUGCUUCAAAUUCAAGCGUCUUGUUUUUACAGGACUUGUAAAAAAUUCGGAGAGUUUUCUAUUUUAUCAUUUUUAAAAUAUAAAUUAAGGAAAAAUACUACACAAUGGCUGCAACAAUGCCAAUAAAUCCAAAACCAUUUCUAAAUGGUUUAACUGGAAAACCAGUUAUGGUAAAAUUAAAAUGGGGCCAUGAAUAUAAAGGUUAUCUUGUCUCUGUCGAUGGAUAUAUGAAUUUACAAUUAGCUAAUACAGAGGAACAUAUAGAAGGAAAUUGUACUGGCAACCUUGGUGAAGUCUUAAUCAGAUGUAAUAAUGUAAUGUAUAUAAGAGGUGUGGAAGAAGAAGAUGAGGAAGGAGAAAUGAAGGACUAGUUCCCAUAAUGUUUAUAAAUCAAUUUAGGAUAAUACUUUUUAUUUUUAAGUAAGAUUAAGUAAGAUUACACAAGACUAAAAAUUAAUAAUAAAACAAAUUGUUUUUUAAA